UUUUAGAGGCUCCUUUACUCAAUCCAAUCAAACUCCUUCCCUUUCUGGCGUUUGAAGAGUAGCAAAGAUGGCAGAGCGUAAGGUUAUCAACAAGUACUACCCGCCGGAUUUCGACCCGUCCAAGCUGCCCCAAGCCCGGCGGCCGAAGACCCAACAAAUUAAGGUUAGUAUGAUGCUUCCGAUGAGCAUUAGAUGCAACACCUGCGGAAACUACAUCUACAAAGGCAGAAAGUUCAACUCGCGUAAAGAUGUCGUUGGCGAGAAGUAUUUGGGAACUCAAAUCUUUAGAUUUUACUUCAAGUGCCCCGAGUGCUCGGCGGAGCUUGCGAUGAAGACGGACCCGCAAAACUCAGACUAUGUAAUGGAGCCCGGGACUAUCUGAAACUUUGAGCCUUGGCUUAAUGAGGAUGAGGACGCGGAUAAGGAGAAACAGAAGAGGGAGUCAGAAGAGACGGGAGAUGCUAUGAAGUCUUUGGAAAGAACAGUGGAUUUGAAACGGGAGAUGGAUAUCCUUGCUGCUUUGGAUGAGAUGAUUCAGCCGUCCAGGCAAGCAACUGUGAGUGUGGAUGAGAUGUUCGAAGCUCUGCAACAUCCGCUUGCGCACAAUAAGAAAAGGCUGGAGUGUUAA